AUGAAAAGUGCGACACCAUCCGCCGACAUCGGUCUAUAUUCCUUUGAAGUCACCAUCCUCACCCAAUGCAACCUCUGCGUCAGUCUUAUGACUGCUUGCAUUCCCUGUCUGAAGCCAUUCCUCGAUGCCUUCGACAGUGGAAUGCUCAAGGUGUCGAUGCUGAAACACGCCACCGGGAGUAACAGCAACUCAUAUAGCCAUUCAUAUGCGUUGGGAAGUAUGAGUCGAGGAGUGAAAGAGUCUGCGACGCGGUCUCGUUAUAUGGAGGAUGAACAGAUUCUGGGAACCGCGGCUGCCGCUUUUGCUGUUACGACUCCUGGGAAGCCAUUGGGUGGAAACAAUCCUCUGACAAUUCAUAGGACAGAUGAGUGGACCGUGCAGUCUGAGUGUGGUAAAACCCCGUCGGUUGAUGAGAAUGUGGCGUCGUCGGACGGGAGUGGAAGCCGACAUGCUCCUAAUGCAUUGUGA